AUGUUGACUAAAACAUUGAGGAUUAUCUCUAGGAAUGCUUCGUACUCUACGAAACCAAGUGUUAAACGUCUGGAAGACCUUGCUAACCUAAAGUCGCUGAACGAGGUGGAUCCAGGAGUGAUUAGACAAUUAAUCCACCAACGCACAAAUGAAUUAAACGUACAACAGGAAUUAGAGAUGGUGAAACAUAUGUCAAAAGAAGAGUCAAAGAGCUAUUCUCUUCCUCCUAAAAUUACUAAAUCACUGUGGAUAUUGGCUUUUGGGGCUUCCUCUGCAUACAUGGUGAUUGACUGGUCGAGGCGGGCUGCAGAAUAUGACAAUAAGGAGAAAAUACUUCAACAAAGAAUAGAGGAUUUAGAAACACUAUUAAAUGAUUUACUGGAGGCUCGGAAGACAUCCACUGAUACUUCAACAUCUAAAAGUUCUCCCCAUCAAGUACAGUCAAAGUGGUAUGAACGUUGGUUUUGGUCCCGGUAA